AUGUCUGAGACAAGAGCCCCAAGAAGAAAGACCACCAGAAGAAAGAAGGACCCAAACGCCCCUAAGCGUGCGCUCAGCGCUUACAUGUUCUUCGCCAACGAGAACAGAGACAUCGUGCGUUCGGAGAACCCCGACGUGACGUUCGGUCAGAUCGGUAGAUUGUUGGGUGAGAGAUGGAAGGCGCUAACCGCCGAGGACAAGCAGCCUUACGAGGCCAAGGCCGAGGCCGACAAGAAGAGAUACGAGUCUGAAAAGGAACUGUAUAACGCCACCCGCGCUUAA